AUGAGCCAACCAGCACCCGUCCGCCGGAGCAAUCCCCAGCAACAAGGCGCCACCACAUAUACUACCACUUACCCGGUCAGCAAUGCUGCCACCCAAGGAUCAUCGCGGGACGCCACCGGCUUUGGCACACAAUCAUCUCAAUACCAUUACCAACACCAGCACAUCCCGCCCAAUGGCAACUUUGAUGUCUCGUUUGCGGGCUCCCAGUUCACUCAGUAG